AUGUUCCAAGACUCCAGCCCCAGCGAGCCCUCACCCGGCGACAGACAAGCCCAGAAGCGCACGCGGAUCCUCUUCUCCUGCGCACCCUGCCGCAACUCCAAGCUCAAAUGUGACCGCCAGCAGCCAUGCUCGCAGUGCGAGAAGAAGGGCCGCAUGGACCAGUGCGUCUACGCCCCCAGGCCCGUCAAGAAGAAGCCCCCGGCCAAGAACAUGGCAUCGCGCCUCAAGCGCCUCGAGAGCCUGGUGCGGGAGAUGAUGGGGAACGAAGGAGAUGCGAAGCCGCCGGGGAGAAGCAACGAGGGGAGUGCCGUGCCCUCGUUGGAGGGCCACGUUGUCAACGGGGAGCAUGGGACGACCUACGUUGGGGCCACGCACUGCAUGGCCAUGCUCGAGGAUUACGCCCGGUUCUGGCAAGACUCCAACGACGUAAGCCUCCACUGGCUCGCCCAGCUGUUCAUGAUGCUCGCGCUGGGCAUCUUCUUCGACAACUUCGCCGCCCCCCACGAACUCUCAGCCGACUCGCCCGUCCCCGUCUUGGACCGCAUCAAGCACUACCGCUCCUGCGCCGGCUGGGCCCUCAUCUGGGGCAAAUACACGCAGCCCACGUCCACGACGCUGCCCGCGUUCCUGCUCUACGUCGAAUCCCACUUCAUGUUCAGCCGCGCCGCCCAGAUGAGCUGCUACGUCCUCUCGGGCGUGUGCAUCCGGCUCCUGCUCAAGAUGGGCCUCCACCGCGACCCUUCCAAGCUGGCAAACAUAUCCCCCUACGAAGGCGAGAUGCGGCGGCGGAUAUGGAACAUGGCGGUGCAGAUCGAGCUCAUCGUCUCCUUCCACAUGGGCCUGCCGAGCAUGCUGCAGGGCAUCGAGGCAGACACGCGCACCCCGUCCAACCUCCAAGACGAAGACUUUGACCAAGAUUCCACAUCCUUACCCCCGGCGAGACCGGCCACCGACCACACGCACAUGACGUACCCCAUCAACAAGACCAAAAUCCUCAGAGUCUUUGGUCAAAUCGCCCGCCAGGCGCACUCGCUCUCACCCCCCGAAUACACCGACGUGCUGCGGCUCGACGCCGCUCUGCAGGACACAUGGGGCGCUCUGCCGGGCUUCAUGCGCGUCCGCCCCCUAGACGAGUGCGUGGGCGACGCACCCGUCCUUUUGAUCCAGCGCUUUGGCCUGGCCGCGCUCUACAACAAGUGCCGCUGCGUCCUACACAGACGGUAUCUCGCCGAACCCGUUCCUGACAAAGACCACAACUAUUCUCGCCAGCAGGGCAUCGACGCGGCGUUGUCGCUGCUCGAAAAUCAGUAUCUUAUAUGGAGGCACUCGAAGCCGGGCAACGUGCUCAGCUCCACGUCGUGGUUCCUGUCGUCCCUGGCUGUACACGACUACUUGCUCGCGGCCAUGAUUGUGUAUCUGCUGAUCAAGAAUGAGAGUUAUCCCGAUGGAGAAGGGUUCGACUUUGAUGGCAAGAAGCCUGGCAAGGAGGAACUCAAAGGCAUGUUGAAGCGGUCCUUUAUGAUUUGGACAGAGGUAUCCGAUAACGUGGCUGAGUUGAGGAAGACGUCGGACACGCUGGCCGCCAUGUUGAGUAAACUGGGGGAUGCGGUGGACAAGGAAGUGACGAUACCAACACGAGGCUCGGAAUACCCGUCCUCGGGGUCGGUUGGGUGGUCAUCUUUAGCGGAGAAGAGUACUUGUAUUGGUGAAUCGGAUUUACUCUCAAGUAUCUGGAUUGAAGGCGCCUUUCUAUGCAUUUGCCACGGCCCGGAGAAGAAAUAA